AUCUAAUGUUGAGAAGGUACAACAAUACUUCAGUCUUUUCUUUUUAAACCCCAAUUAACCUGUACUUUUUCACUUGCUUGAAGCAGUGCCAAUCCAAAGGGUACAAAUAUAAUCAUCAAAUCAACAUCUUUGUGCGAAGAUGGGUGGCGAUAAUCCAGCAGAAAAAGCCCUGAUUCUCCACCGAGCCAGACUUAGUGACCCCAAUUUCAUCUUCGCUCACUUCUCACACUCACCAGACACCAAUUACAGCAAGUUGAAGUUUAUUAUAGCAAGUUCUGUAACUGAGGCUUGUAACAAUUCUGUUCUGCUUCUUGGUCCUCGUGGUUGCGGCAAGCUUGCUGUGUUGGAGCUUGUUCUCGAUGAUUUGCUCAAAGAGUAUCCCGAUAUGAUUACAACGAUAAAACUGAAUGGUCUUUUGCAUAGUGAUGACAAAUGUGCGCUUAAGGAAAUUGCUAGACAACUGUGUGCAGAGCAUCAGUUAUCAUUCUCCAAGUUGGCAUCAUUUGAUGAUAAUAACCAAUUCAUGAUAGACAUAUUGCGGGAGUGUGGAUUAGCACAUAAAACAGUCAUUUUUGUAUUGGAUGAGUUCGACCUCUUUGCGCAGGGAAAACAACGAUUACUAUAUAGCUUGCUAGAUGCAAUGCAGUCUGUGUCGUCACAAGCCGUGGUCGUUGGCAUUAGUUGUCGCUUGGAUGCUGAUCAACUUCUGGAGAAAAGAGUACGGUCGCGGUUUUCACACAGAAAAUUGUUGUUCCUCCCUCCCUCAAAAGAAGAUCUACAAGGGUUGAUAAAGCACAUGUUGCUAUUGCCUACAGAUUCAAACAUUCCUGAAGAUUACACAACUGAAUUUAAUGCAAGGCUUCUGAAAUUACUAGAAGAUGGAAGAUGCAGAGACAUUAUUGAUACAUUGUCAACUUCAGAUUCCACCUUCAACCAUUUGAUUAGGUUCCUGUUUAUUGCUGUUUGUCAUAUGGAUAUGAAACUAGGUUUCUUGACUUUGGAGAACUUUAAAGCUGCACUUGCAGGUGUUCAAAGGCAGCCAAAGCUAGAAUGCUUGAAAGAUUGCUCUGUUCUUGAACUCUAUGUUCUGGUUUGCAUGAUGAGGUUGGAACUCAGAGAGCAAGAAUCCUACAACUUCAAUACCAUAAUGAAAGAAUACAGUAGCAUACAUGAUACGUUUCAGACUUCCGACUAUUUUGCACGCAAUGUUUGCUUACGGGCCUUUGAGCACCUUCUACAGCGUGAAUUAAUUUCUCUUGUGGACAGUCGAGGACACACUCAGUCAGUUGAAUAUCAUCCAGUCAAGCUACUAAUUUCAGCCCAUGAGUUGCAUCUAGGUUUAAAAUCGUACCGUUGCUGUCCAGCAAUUCUCCAGAAAAUUGUUGAUCGAGGGUAAAAACUAAGAAAAGGUUGGAGUUUGCUUCAAGUUGUUCCUCUAUGAUUACGAAGGCAUUCCAUUAUUGUGGCAGCCUGGCAGGCUGAAUGAACUCUGCUAUCAUGGACUCUAUACAAUUGAGAUCCCCAAUUUCUGGGGCUAAAAUUUCAGAGGAUGAACUUCUCCCGACGCAUCCUCCACCUAUAAGGAUGGCCUUUUCUUGUUUUUGACAUGUGCUAGUGCCCAGUGAUUCACCUUUAAAAUCCGAAUCUUGGUUAAUCUUUGGAAUUAGCGGUGUUCUUAAAUAUGUAAGGUAAAUUCUCAAUAGUACCUGUUAGAGUUGGUUUUUUUUAAAGGUAUCUAAAAUGGUGGAUUGGCCCUCUCUGUUUUAAUAAA